UCGCUUCCGUUAGGGUCGGGCUCUGAGUAUAUGCGGAACUCCCUGCAGACGGAUGAUGAUGAUGAUGAUGAUGAAGAGGAUGUUGUGAAGGCAGGUUGUAGCUGAGAGAGAGAGAGAGAGGCGGACACACACAAUUCACAUCAUUUAUCAUGCUGCGGAACAGCAAGCCCCAAACCCAGCCGUCGUCUCCAAUGCGGUGCUGUUAUGUAAAUGAAAAGGAGGUUUAAUUCAGACUAACACCGCUGCCUUCCUCCCCGUGUGGGACCGAAGAGGAGGGCACCCACCACCCAGGGCCGUCAUCAGCAGCUGGCUUCGUACUCAACGUUAGCGGCUAAUCAGCUAACGUGAGCGAAGAUUUGACUCAUCUUUUGAACCGUCACAAUGAUAAUCAAGGAGCUGUGUCUCAACUUUACACCUGAACCUUCCCAGUUGUGAUGGAAAGGCCCCGCUGACUCAAUACGCAACUUAAAUCCUGGAUGCUGUGACACACAGGACGUGGUCAAUCCAAGAUGGAGAAAAAGAAACCGUGCCCCCGCCUUCUCGACUACCUGGUGGUGGUCGGAGCAAGGCAACCAAGUAGUGACAGUGUGGCCCAGACACCUCAGCUCCUCCGCCGAUACCCGCUGGAGGACCACCAUGACUUCCCGCUCCCACCAGAUGUGGUGUUUUUCUGCCAACCAGAGGGAUGCCUAAGUAUACGCCAGCGAAGGGUUAGCCUUCGUGACGACUCCUCGUUUGUUUUCACGCUGACCGACAAGGACUCAGGAAUCACCCGCUACGGAAUCUGUGUCAACUUCUACCGUUCUUUCCAACGGGGACAUCACCGUACUCGAGUGGACAAGAGCGGCCACACGGACGCCGCAUCACAGGCGGCGGAGACCGCUAGUGAAGGGUCCGAUGGCAGCGGCGGAGGCCCACCCUCCACGUUAUCUCCACCUAACACUGCUGAGUCAGCACCUCCGUCUGCCUCCGGAGAAGAGAGCGGACAACCAAGUGCCGAGCUAAAUGCCGGCAAGUCCCCACAGCACAGACGAAGCGCUGCAAAGAUGGCAGCCAGGAAUCGCAACAGCACGCUGACCUCGCUGUGCAUACUCAGUCACUACCCCUUCUUCUCCACCUUUAGGGAAUGCUUAUAUAUUCUCAAGAGGCUGGUGGACUGCUGCAGUCAGAGGCUCACUCAACGAGCUGGGCUCCCUCGCGCCACGCAGAGGGACACCAUGUGGCGGGUGUUCACGGGAGCACUGUCGGUGGAAGAGAAAGGAAGCCAGCUGCUGGCCGACCUACGGGAGAUCGAAUCCUGGGUGUACCGGUUGCUGCGUUCACCGGUACCAGUGGCGGGUCAGAGGCGUGUAGAUGUGGAAGUGCUGCCCCAUGAACUCAAACGGCCACUCACCUUUGCCCUGCCUGACAACUCUCGCUUCUCCAUGGUCGACUUCCCACUGCACCUGCCCUUAGAGCUGCUGGGUGUAGACGCCUGUCUUCAGGUCCUCAGCUGUGUCCUGCUAGAGCACAAGGUCAUUCUUCAAUCCAGAGAUUACAAUGCAUUGUCUAUGAGUGUCAUGGCCUUUGUCGCCAUGAUCUACCCUCUGGAGUACAUGUUUCCUGUCAUCCCCUUACUGCCAACAUGCAUGGCCUCUGCCGAACAGCUCCUUCUUGCCCCCACUCCCUACAUUAUAGGUGUACCAGCCAGCUUCUUCCUCUACAAAGCGGAUUUCAAAAUGCCAGAUGAUCUGUGGCUUGUGGACCUUGACAGCAGCAAGGUUAUAGCACCCACCAAUGCAGAGAUUCUACCACCUCUUCCAGAACCUGAAGCAGGCGAGCUUAAGAAACAUCUGAAACAGUGUCUGGUUAGGUUGACCGUGAUCACCCAAAAGCAGAUCUUCUCCUCUGAAAAUAAGGCCUUGGCCAGUAUGAGUUUGAACACCCAACCCAUUCUGAACCUGGAGAAGUUCCAGGAAGGUCAGGAGAUGCCCCUGCUCCCACCUGGGCGAGACAAAGCUUCGCCGUCCUCCACAGAGUUCAACCCUUUAAUUUACGGCAAUGACGUUGAUUCUGUGGAUGUAGCCACCAGGGUCGCCAUGGUACGGUUCUUCAACUCCCCCAAUGUUCUCCAAGGGUUCCAGAUGCACACUCGCACCUUGCGCCUCUUCCCCCGGCCUGUGGUGGCUUUCCAGUCAACUUCUUUUCUUGCAUCCCGGCCACGACGCACUAGCUUUGCAGAUAAACUUUCUCACACCCAGGCAGUGGAGUUCUAUGGAGAGUGGGCUCUCAAUCCUACCAACCUUGCCUUUCAGAGGAUACAUAACAAUGUGUUUGACCCCUCCCUAAUUGGAGACAAGCCCAAGUGGUAUGCUCACCAGCUACAGCCAGUGCUCUACCGAGUGUAUGAUGGAAGCUCCCAGCUGGUUGAAGCGAUGGCCGGUCCCUUGGAGGAUGAGGGCAAUGAGUCUGACCCCACAGACAGUGGUAGUGAUAGUGAGGCAUACGAUGACUCCAGUUCGUCCUAUUCCUCACUCGGCGACCUUGUGAGUGAGAUGAUCCAAGGUGACAUCCAGGGAGAUACACCAAGCUUGGACCCGCCUACCCAUGCUGCACUGGGAGAUGCUAGUGAGGUUGAGUUUCAAGACUUUGAGGACUUUAGGGAACGUCAUGGCUCGGAGGGUCCACCCAGUGGGGACGGUCCCACCGAACCCUCUGAUGGCCAACCUCUUCGCUCGAGCUCCAGCACAACUGCAAGCUCAAGUCCCAGCACAGUCAUCCAGGGAGUCAAUCAUGAGCAAGGGGACGCACCUGAAAUUGAAGCAUCAGCAAGUGCCGCUUUACAGAACCCUGUCCCUGCAUUGGGCAGUCAGCCAUUCCUCAGACCUCCAGCUGAUGCUGGCCUGGUGGACCCAACCAACAAAAAGCAAGAGUAUGAUAACCCAUACUUUGAGCCUCAGUACGGCUUCCCCUCAGAGGAUGACCCUGAUGCAGAAGAGCAAGUGGAGUCAUACACCCCUCGAUUCAACCAGAACCUCAAUGGCAACAAGUUACAGCGCCCCUUACGUCCUAGUAGCCUAAGGCUCCCAGGAGAGUCUGAUGGGGAGGGAGACUCCCGCAACAGCUCACCAAACUCCACCAUUUCCAACAGCAGCGGUGAUGGAUUUGGAGGACUCAUGUCCUUUGCCAGCAAUCUUUACAAGAACCAUGGCACCAGUUUCAGUCUGUCCAAUCUUGCGCUUCCCAACAAGGCAGCGAGGGACAAAGCAACACCUUUCCCUAGUCUAAAAGUAUUUGGGCUAAAUUCUCUAAUGGAGAUAAUUACAGAGGCCGGCCCGGGGAGCGGAGAAGGCGCACGUGCACCUCGAGCACUUGUGGACCAGAAGUCUUCAGUAAUCAAGCACAGUCCAACAGUGAAGAGAGAAUCGCCCUCUCCUCAGGGUCGAGUCAACAACACAAGUGAGAACCAACAGUUCUUGAAGGAAGUGGUGCAGAGUGUUCUGGAUGGUCAGGGAGUCGGCUGGCUCAACAUGAAGAAAGUGCGCCGCCUCUUGGAGAAUGAGCAGCUCCGUGUCUUUGUGCUGAGUAAGCUGAACAGAGCCAUCCAGUCGGAGGAAGAUGCCAGACAGGAGAUCAUACGUGAUGUGGAGGUGAGCAGAAAGGUGUACAAAGGCAUGCUGGACAUCUUGAAGUGCACAGUUUCCAGUCUGGAGCACUCUUACACUAAUGCAGGGCUCGGAGGAAUGGCCAGUGUCUUCAGUUUAUUGGAAAUAGCGCGCACACACUAUCAAACCAAAGACCCAGAAAAACGCAAGCGAAGCCCCACAGACAGUGCUGGCAGCCCGGGGAGUAAAGAGAGUCCUACUGGUCGUAUGGAGACUGCCAGACCUCAGGGCCUUCUGAAUGUUCCUCAUCUGCAGCUGCCGCACCACACAACGGGCAAAGGAGCCCGCCAUUUUGAUACCCGGAGUCUGAAUGAGGAGAACUUUAUUGCCUCGAUUGAAUUGUGGAGCAAGCACCAGGAUAAGCAAAAAGCUAUGGAAAAACCACAGAGGUCUGAAGGAGCGAAGCAGCAGCGCCCCCAGGUGACAGAUGCAGAGGAGAAGAAAUCACAGAUCAGUGCUGACAGUGGCCUCAGUGUCACAUCUGGAUCUCAGAAGAGCGACACAGAGUCUGUAACAAGCUCAGAGCCACCGAUUCUGACGAGAAGCACCAGCCAGGACUCAGAGGCUAGCACAGUGAUAAGCAAUAGCUCUGGAGAGACUCUUGGCGCCGACAGUGACCUGAGCAGCACAGCGGGAGACGGCCUCGGUGGAAGAAUUGCUCCUCAUUUAAAUCAGUCCAGAGGAACUCUUUCUGACAGUGAGAUUGAAACCAAUCCAGCCACAAGUACAGUGUUUGGAAAGACCCACACUCUGAAACCAAGUGCAAAAGAUCAUGUACUUGCUAUGGCAAAGGGGCCGCCUGCGCAGCCCGUGGAGGACAUCAGUAUGAGGAUUUACCUUUGUGAAGGCCUGCUGGGGCGCGAUAAGAGCUCCGUUUGGGAUCAACUAGAGGAUGCUGCCAUGGAAACCUUUUCUCUAAGUAAGGAGCGCUCCACACUGUGGGACCAGCUGCAGUUCUGGGAGGACGCCUACUUAGAUGCUGUGAUGUUGGAGCGUGAAGGCAUGGGUAUGGACCAGGGACCCCAGGAGAUGAUCGAAAGAUACUUGUCGCUAGGAGAUCAUGACCGCAAGCGACUGGAGGAUGAUGAAGACAGACUUCUGGCCACGCUGCUGCACAAUAUGAUUGCAUUCAUGCUAAUGAUGAAAUUGAACAAAAAUGACAUCAAGAAGAAAGUGAGGCGUUUGAUGGGGAAGUCCCACAUAGGCCUCACGUACAGCCAAGAGAUCAACGAGAUACUGGACAAACUGGCCAACAUGAACGGCCGUGAGCUUCCCGUCAGGCCCAGUGGAAGCCGUCACAUCAAAAAGCAAACAUUUGUUGUACAUGCUGGCACUGAUACCACAGGAGACAUCUUUUUCAUGGAGGUCUGUGAUGACUGCAUAGUCCUGCGCAGCAACAUCGGCACAGUGUACGAGCGCUGGUGGUACGAGAAGCUCAUCAAUAUGACUUACUGCCCCAAGACCAAGGUGCUUUGUCUCUGGAGACGUAACGGCCAAGAGACGCAGCUCAACAAGUUCUAUACCAAAAAGUGUCGUGAACUCUACUACUGUGUUAAAGACAGUAUGGAAAGAGCUGCAGCAAGACAGCAAAGCAUCAAACCAGGUCCGGAGCUGGGCGGAGAGUUCCCUGUCCAGGACAUGAAAACUGGUGAAGGUGGUCUGCUUCAGGUCACACUGGAAGGAAUCAACCUUAAAUUCAUGCACAGCCAGGUUUUCAUAGAGCUGAGUCACAUUAAAAAGUGCAAUACAGUGAAGGGAGUCUUUGUCCUGGAGGAAUUUGUUCCUGAAACUAAAGAAGUGGUGAUCCACAAGUACAAGACCCCCAUGGCACAUCAGAUCUGUUACUCCGUCCUCUGCCUUUUCUCCUACGUGGCGGCAGUGAAGGGGAAGGAGGCAGAAGGAAAACCCAAGAUUCUGUCACCGAGACCCCUUCCUAGCUAGUCUACACCCCCGCGCCCUCUCCCCCCCCCCCCUCUCUCGCUCUCUCCCUUCCCCCUGUCCUCGGUGUGCCUCUCUACUUGAAAUGGCAUCUCAGUUCUAAAACCACAGACUUCUGACAAUCCCUAACUCUACUCUUAAGCACACAAUUCCUGCUCCCUCCUCCUGUAUAUACAAGCCUAAGACCCCUUUUUCGACCCUGUCGUGUAGACGUGUUUGGUCUGUGAUGUCGUGUAAAUAAAUACAACCCCUCAUUGCUGUCGUCCUGAUGAUUAUACCAACUCGCUUAAUGUUUGCUUGCUCCUUAACUCGGGAGAAGCGACUCCCCCUGAGCUCUCCUCCUCAGUGUGAAAGUCUUCUAUUGUAUCCCGCUGCCAAGACCCCAAAUGUUUACACCGAUAGGAGGAGAUGUGAGGGAUAGCCCCGAGGCACAGAGUGCAUGCAGGUCCCGUGCACAGCCUUGACAAUUCACUACAGAACAGCCCCCCGCCCGCCCGCCCGCCCCCUCUACCCGUCUCCAUAUGACUGUGAGUUAUUCUGUGAUAUGUGGUUACUGUAAAGUUCCAGUCUGUCCAAGUUUAAACUGGUGAAACACCCAGAGACCCUCUCGUAGUGCAGGACGUCCCAUGCUACUGUAUACUGCACCAGAGCACCGCAUGUAAACGCUUCUUAAAAGUGUUUGAACCCUAAAAUAAUGUGAGUGUUCUCAGAUGUGAUCUCUUGCCCUAUAUCGGCCCGCCAGGCUGAAUUACUGUUCUAGUUCUACUGUAAAACUUCUCGUCUGUGGUCUGCUGUUAUCAAUUGCAUGUUAUGAGGAUGAAAAAUAAAUAUUAUAUAUAUUUCUAUAUAUAGUAUUUAUUUAAUAUAUACAUAUAUUGACUGUAAAUUUCUCUGAAAAAAAAUGUUACAAAUUGUUGAUUUGCUAGAUGUGCAAUACUUAAUAAGUAGUUAGCCAUUGCCAGAGCCAGGUUUUCUUAAGUUAACUGGCGUUCACAGGGUGAAGAAUGUAAGAAAGAACUUUUUUUUUCCCUAUAGUACUUAUUGAUUGAAGUGAAAAUGAUGACUUCAGUUUGACAUGACUGUUUAAAGUUUGUCUUUUGAACUCUGAAUCACGUGAGGAGAAAAGCUGCUGCUGUGUUGCUCUCUACGGGUGCAAACCAGGCCACACCCCCAAUCAGUGAUCUUUUUAUAAUUUAUUGGUUUGGCAUUUUGCUUUUAUUUGACAGUAAAGAGCUGACAAAGUCAGGAAGGAGAGAGGGAAUGACUUGCUGCAAAGGACCAGAAACUGGGCCACUGCGGUAGGGCCUUAAUGUGCGGUAUGAGCUGCCAGGGCGCCCCACAUCAUGUGUUUUUAAACGUCCAAAUACUGUCACGUACAUGAACUUUGCUGCAUGCAGAACUGUAAUUCCAAGUUGGACAUAUCGGAUGUUUCCCACAGCUUUGGUGUCACCACUUAAAAAGAACUAUGAGUGGGGAAUAUGGCCAUAAAGCCUCCAUUACUGGCAGUUAUUGAAAUAAAAUCACAACUUCUGACAGUGUGACCCUACUUUAUCUGGAAAUUGAAAAAAAUAACGAAAGCAACAUCCACUUGGCAUUUCUCUAAAUUAUUUUGAAGUCUGAAUGAUAUUAACAGCAACAGCAAGAAAAUGUAACAUCCAUGCAGUAUUGUCCUGCAGUCACACUUGGGCUGCAAAUAAUGAUAAUUUAUUAUAGUUUAAGUUGACUUAUUACAUUUGUGUCGUCCAACAAACAGUAAAAAAGAGUUAUAUAAACAUAUUUAAUUAACUAUCAUAGAAGCUUGGUCACAGAAUAUGUUGUGACACUGGUACAGUUUGAACCGGUUUUGGAGUGCACUCCACAAGCAGCCAAGGACAAAGAGCGUUUUUUUUUUUUUUUUACAGAUUAGUUUGCGACAAAAGUACACAAUCCUCCGAGCCACAGCAGCAGUUUCGCGUCCUGUGAUCGAUCUUUCAGAUGUGUUGAAGCCUACAGCUGUGGUGAUCUUCUCCCAGAGGAGAUCACCGAGUCUUAAUGUUGUUUUCUGUUCUGUGAUAGUAAAGAACGGUUGAAUCUGGUCCCAUCGCUGGCCCAUUAACUUUCACAGUGAGAGUGUGUGUGUGUGUGCGUGUGUGUGCGUCCAUGUGGUGAACAGUUUCUCCAGAUCAGCAAUAUAUUGGUACAGCUAUGUCACUGCAAGAUGUUUUGUUUUUUUUUAUUCUGACAUGCUUGUAUUUUUAGUAACCGUGCAAAGGAAAUACUGAGAAGAAUAUCCAGAAGAUGCUGUUCUGUUAAUAACACCACACACACGUCGGUGUAAAUAAGAUCUGAAGCAUCUCCAGCAUUGGUUUGAUUGGUGGGAACGGGACACAGCUCUUUCUGCUUAAGUUAAAAUGACUUUUUUUUUUAAACUGGAUUAUUAAACUCAUCUCUGUCAUUGUACUAGCCAGCUGCUGUAAUGAGAGGGAAUAAAUGAAAUGAGAUGCCAGGUGUAAGUAUUCCAGUAUUUGAAAAAGUAUUUAUAGAAUAUGUACAGCUUUGGCAAUAUAAUAAAGUUGUCGCAAAUAAA